UCAAUGCAUCCUAUAUAAGCAUGGCGCCGGGGGGACGCAAUGAGCAUCAUCAACCUCGACGACAACGUCAAGCAAGGCGUCCUAUACAAGCGUGGCGCCGGUGGGUUUCUGAAACGCAAGAACUGGAAACGUCGGUACUUUCAACUGAACGAUGGUGAAUUGCGAUACUACGACACGACCAGCGGAGUCCAAAAGGGUGUAGUGCGACUCUCCACUAACGACUUUGUGGAAAUCAUGCCCCGAGACUGCUACAAAACGGGCACGUCUGCCUCUACCGAGUGGCGACUGGCAGUGAACACCCCCAGUCGCCGGUUUUUUCUGUCAGCGUCGACCGAAUACGACAUGUAUCAGUGGGCCGACGCCAUCACAAGGGCGUUGCCGGCAUCUCGGCGUAAAGCGUGUGCGAACGAUGGCCAUACCGCCCGUCCAAGGAUGUGUGCCACGAUUUACUGUAAAUAGCCACGCUAACAUGUUAAUGUUAUUCGC